AUGCCUAUGUUCAAUCAUCAAUUUAUUAAUAACGAUCAACAAAACAGUUCACCAUCGAGUAGUAAAGUCAGAGUUUCGGAUAAAAAUAACAAAAAUUUCACGAGUAUGUCUAAUGACCAUCUAAAAAAUGAAAUUGCCAGACGUGCUAUGGCUCUUGGAAAUGCUUGUAGAAAGGCUGAAUAUGCCGUUAGUCAACUUAAAGGGUUAUUACCUCCAGAUACAAACGUAGUUCUUCCUUCUGACGCUUCUAUACCGACAUUACCGCCAUCUUUACCAAAUAAUAAACCUCCUCAAAAUUUUAAUAUACCUAUAUCAUACGAUAGAAAUGAUAGAAAUGAUAGAAGUUUAAAUUCAAAUACUGCUACUAGUUCAUCUAAUACAACAACGUCAGGAAUGAAUGAUGAUAAUAUGGUAGCUUCACUUUUGAUGUCUCUUACAAAUGCUUCUUGGGAACGUAAUACUAAUUCGGUUGAGAAUGAUAAAACAAAUAAUGAUUCAUCAAUGAUUACAAAUUCUCCUACUUCUUCUAAUCCUGGUAUUGUGUUGGGUUCUUUUGAUGGUUAUAGUCUUGAUGACGAUGAUGAAAUAUAUGAUCAAAAACAUGAUUCAUCAUCAGAGCAAGAUCUUGAUGAGUCUAUGAUAGAUAACGAUGAAAAUGAUCCUGAUAUAAAUAUGGUUGAUAAUUCAUCUCAAGACAAUAAAUCUUCAUCUAUAAAUGAUUCUAAUUCUGAAAGUAAUCGAAAACGAACUUCAAGUAAUCGUAGUCGAACUCGAAGAAAACCUUCGGUUAGCAGAGUUUCAUCUCCUUCCUCUCCUUAUUCAACGCAAUUCACUCCAGAAGAAAUUUUAUUCCUGGAUGAAUUUAAUAAAUUGUACGAAAAAAGAGUUCAAUUAGGUCCAACUAGACAAAGUGAUAUUGCUUCCGAAAUCAGGCAAUUUGCCAACAAUGCUAUAGCGUUUGGACAGCCUGCUGUUUCAGGGUUGGUUAGAAAGACUAAAGUACCUAAAGAACAAAGAGCUGUGAAUGCUUUGAAAGCCUGGAUUGAAAGUGGAAAGAAAAGAUUAGGUGUUGUAUAA